UUGUUCGUGAUUGUUUAUUUGCAUAAAUGUGUGGCCCACUUAUGUUUGUGGGUGUUUCCCACCUAUAGUCCCUCUGCGACGCUGUCAUGCAAUGCAGUGAGACACCCGGGUGACUUUAGGACCCAGUGAGAGACACCCAGGGGGCGCGGCAAUAUUUUUAAUCUGACCACAGAACCUGUUAGCUUACUCUUGCUUCCUCUAAGACAGUUCACACGUUCCCUCACAAUAGUUCCUUGAUGUGACAGUUGCAAUAGAGAAGUGCUCUGUGCAGCAGCAAACAGAAGCGCCACGGCCCCUGAACCCAAGCCUCGGCGACCCUAAUCCAUGACCCCUGGAUGAGGACCUUGGUGUCCUGACAUGACAGGUGUGAGAGGUGCCCUAUCUCAGGCAGUGUACAGCCAGCCAUGGAGCAGCAGGCCAGGAUACUGAGGAGCCUCCUGCCCCAGCUGGAGAGACAGGAGGCUGUGGACGAGCAGGCACCGAAUGGCAUUGCCGGGGAGUUUGCGAGGUUGAAAAGCCUGUCAACCAAGUACCGCACUGACAAGACCUACCCCACCAAGACAGCAGAGAAGCAGGAGAACAUCAAGAAGAACCGAUACAAAGACAUUGUUCCCUUUGACCACACCAGAGUAAAGCUCACUCUCACCACAGCUAAAAAUGACUCGGAAUACAUCAACGCCAGUUUCAUCAAGGGAGCGUCAGGUUCAAGGGCCUACAUUGCUACUCAGGGUCCUCUGCCUCACACAGUACUGGACUUCUUGAGGAUGCUUUGGGAGUACAAUGUAAAGAUCAUAGUGAUGGCCUGUCGAGAAUUUGAGAUGGGAAAGAAAAAGUGUGAACGCUACUGGCCACAGAAACAAGAGCCGCCAUUUGUUUGUGACCCUUUUACAGUUUACUGUGAUUCUGAGGAAAACAAAGGAGAUUAUCUGACAAGGACGUUAAGGGUGACUUAUCGCAACUGUAGCCGAACUUUGAAACAGCUGCACUAUUACAACUGGCCAGAUCAUGGCGUACCGGACUCCAUCCCUCCCAUUCUGGACAUGUUGCAUGAGAUGCGUUCCUAUGAACCCAAUGAUGACCUCCCCUUUUGCAUCCACUGCAGUGCUGGCUGCGGUAGAACAGGAGUCCUGUGUGUCAUUGAUUAUACCUGGAACCUCCUGAAGAAACAGAUGAUCACUCUGGAUUUCAAUAUCUAUGACUUAGUUCAAAACAUGAGAACCCAGAGGCACUCCAUCGUUCAAACCAAGGAACAAUAUGAGCUAGUGUACAGAACCAUCAAGUUGCUGUUUGAGAGAUAUCUGCAGUCCGUGGAUGCACAGAGCCGCAGAAAUGAGGUGACGACAGUCCCGUCCGCCAUCACGCCUGACACUGAAAGCGAGCUCUCUGACCUGAGGGAGGAGUCGGAUUUGCAGCCACAAUUCCAGCACCUGCUCGAUGAGGAGAGGGAUGUUCUGCUUCAGUUCCACACUCCCUUGCCUUCAGAAAAUCCCAUUACCUCGAGAGCCAAGGAUGUGCAGAGGGACCAGGAGCAAUGGUUCCUACUCCAGACCCUUCCUGAGUCCAGCCAGGCCUCACAGGAGGGACCCAGGACCUCCAUCACACUGGUGCACACCAACCAGAGAGCCCCUCCAGUAGAGGGAAGGAUACAGGAGAGCGACGACGUGCCGUCACUGAACCCUCCGCCUUCACCGGCUGUGGCAGCAGCCAUUUGUCUGAUGGUGGAAGACCCCUACUUUGACACCCCAAUGAGCUCCCCAUCAUCAGAGGAGGCACCGAUGGACUCUACCAUAGACGGAAAACAAUGGCCAGCUAGUCCCAUCUUCAGCAUGCCCUCAUUGUGUCUGAAUGACCACACUCUGGAGCUCAACUCAGGAACUGAGGAGGUACCUCCUCCCCUACCUCAACGAACCCCUGAAUCCUAUGUGAUGGCGGUGGAUGCAGAGCACCCAGAUCCCUGUGAAAGGUUAAUGGUUAUCAUUCCACCCAAUGCUGCUGCUGAGGCAGUCAGGGAGUUGGGAGGUGAGAAAAGCAGCCCCCCCUCACCCGUCCCCCCACUUCCAGAGAGAACACCAGAAUCCUUUGAGUUGGCCCUUGAUCAAGCUCCUGUGGAGCAGAAGUCGGAGGUCACACCUGCAGUGAACCUGAACAGAAUAGGAAUGUCCUCAGAGUGGUCUGGUGACUCAAAGCCAGCUGUCACCGGGUCUCAGAGUGAGACCAAACCGUGGCUGAGGAGUAAGAGUCUGAAAGCAAAAAUGACCUUCACAGCAGUAACACACCCUGAUCUUGCAUCAAGUCGAACUUCAAACCUCCCCUCUAACUGUCCACCUCUGGACCCACCGACUCCUCCGCUGCUUCCUCAGACUGAGGAGAGCCUGACUCCUCCACUUCCUGACAGAACCCCAGAGUCCUUCAUCCUCACCACAGAGGAGGUUCACGAGAGAACAGCGUGGCCCUUACCAAGGGUGGGCUUUUCAUCUGAGUGGGACGGCACUGCUCAGCCCAAGAGAUUCCUCGACGUUGUUAUGAGCAGGAGCAAGAGCGUUCGAGCUAAAAGUUCCAGACAAGAGCCCCUCACUGCAGCUCGGCAGCUCACUCCACCUCCUGUGGUUGUGGCUGGAGCAGGAAGUGCACAAGUCGGGCAGCAUGAUGUGAACCGCAGGCCGUCCCUGAACACGGAGACAUCAGGAAACAAAUCAGACAAAAGCAGCGAGAAGGGCAUGUCUCGAACAAAGAGUCUGAAGUUUUUUAGACACAAACUAAAACCUAAAACUGCCCCUCCGCCGCCUCCCACUCAACCUGGAACACCACCUCCAUCAAACGGUGCCUCAUCUUCAGUCUUCAAAUUUGGAUUUGGGAACCGUUUUGGAAAGCCAAAAGGCCCCAGGAGUUAUCCAGAGACCUGGGUUUGAUAUUUAGAGUCUCCAAAUAUCAAAAAUGGACCUGUUCUUCUAAUGAUGAUCAACAUAAUACAUUGCAUCGCUAAAGGACUCAUAUACAGUGGGCCUGAAAAGCACUGCGAGACAGCACAGCACAGUAGCACCCUCAGCAGCAGAGAACAGGAAGUGCUUUUUUUACCAGCUCUGAUGCACUGUACAGUAUAUGCACAGUACAUCAACUAAGGUUGAUUUUUAAUUAUGGCCUCAUUGAACAACAUGGACCGCCACUUGGACCAAUGACUUGAAUCUUGAGCCUCUAGAAUAAUUUGCUUGAAGUUUGACGCUUCUCGUUUUAACGCUCAAAGCAACGCUGUCAAACUCAAAUAGAUUUAGUUAUGUAUGUGUGUGAGUUUGUGCUUUUUUGGCAUAAAAUAAGAAAACGGGUAUAACGUUGCAUGUAGUUCAUCAGCAUAUCACUUUUUCUAUUAAAAAGACAACAAACUAAACAUCAUUCAAUGUACCAUGCGUGUCAUUUAGUCUCUGCCAUAAUUUACACAUCGCUGUGUGGUUUUUAAAUGAGUUUAAAAGCAUUGUCAACAUCUUAAAAUGUAUAUCUGAAGGUACAGCAAAUGCGAUGUAUACUGAAUAUGUAUAUGAUGCAACUGUACAGUUAAACCGUGUUACAUACACCGGUUACACACAAAAUUAUUUAUUAAAAAAUAUAGAAAGUCUA